AUGGGAUUACCGUUUCAGGAUUCUGCGCCCAGUUUUCCUGCCCCACCAACGCCGAAAUCUGCCGCUUCCCAACGACCUCUCGGAAAACCGUCAACACCAGCAAGUACUACUGCAUCACCUCCCCUGCAGAAGCCUGCGUCGUCUGUCAAGGCGUAUAAACCUGCAGGCACUUGGUUCUCGUCCAGCGGUCAGCGAGUUCCGGUGCUCAGUCCAGAAUCGCAUGAACGCCUUCUGCGUUACCUGGCGACAGGUGAGAUACCUGAAUUGAAGAUCCGCACAGCUGGCCUCUCAUGGGCCCGUUUAAUUGAGGGAGCUGGUCAAACUGUUGCCAACGCGGUCACACACCAUCUUCGACAGACGGGAACCCACGGUCUUCGGUAA